CUGCACUCCAGCCUGGGCGACAGAAUGAUGCCCUGUCUCAGAAAAAACAGGCAAACAAAGAAUAACCCCAAAACAAAAACAAACAAAAAACAGAGGCAUCCUCACACAGAUAUCCACAGGCCUAGUGCACAUAUGUGUGCCUUGACACGUAGUUAUCCUCACAAAAUUGUCUCUGUAAACAUGGUAAAAGGACUUCCCCUGAGUCACAGCCUUACUGGCUUGCUUUGUAUCAUCAUAAAAAGAAUAGAAGUGAUAAGCAGGUAAUUCUAACUUACUUUUAUCUAGCUUAGAAACCUGUUAUAAGACAUGCCACAGAUGACCCUCAAAAUGGUAGUGAAGGUGAGACUGUGGUCCUGGGGUUCUGGGUGGGUGGUGCAGUAUGGAGGCACUGUGGCUGUCCCUGGAUGCCCAGCUGCAAUUGCAUCAGGCUGCAUGGCUUCCCAGGCUGGGGUUUGGCAGCACCAUUGCCCUUCUGUAGGUAGCCAGGCUUGGAUUCUUCAUUGAGGAAAAGUUCUUGUGUUCCCUCAUUUUUAGGGCAACUAGUAUGGAAAAUAUAACCUCAAGUAUCUUUGAUGUAAUCUCCAAGGGAAAAGUUGCUCCAACUUUUUCUUACUAUAAGUAGAAAUUCUGUUUCCCAUUUUUUCCUUCAAUGGGCCUGAGCUAUCGCUCUGGCAAAGCUACAGCCAAGUAACUUCUCCAGAAUCCCACAGCUGGCUUUAUUUGGGGGGUGAGGUGGUGGUGGUGCCAGUUCUGCUUCAGAAAAGUAGAAUAAACAACAAAUACUCCUUUAACAAAGCUAAAAAACAUGGUGAGGAAUUCAGAAGGGAAGUGAUACCAAACGAGUGAAUUGUGCCCCUUUUGCACUCUGCAGUGUCCCUUUACUUUGGGCACUACGUUAGGUGCUUGGUGCUGAUGGAAGGCAGCAGUGGGGUAGGAUAUAAACUAUAUGAUCAUGACGAACAGUGACUUCAGUUCAGACGAGUUUACAGUGUGGUAAAAAAUAGUCUGCAGACAACAUGAAUGCAAUGAACUAACCAGUGUUUCUCUUGAAAGAGUUAGAUGGAUGCUUGGGUAAAUAAACCACCCUUAUAAUAAAGAAGAGUCCACCUUUUAUUUUUCAUCAGUGCAAAGCUACAUCGAUUCUUCACACGCAGGCAUGAUAAACAGAAUCAAAGCUUCUGCUGCUUGUUUCCAGUUAAACAGACCUAUCCUAGGUAAACCUGUAUUCCCCUCUGAGAGCACCCCUUCCUUCUGGUACUUGAUUGACCCCCUGCCUUGGGAAAGGUUAACCCACCUCCACUUUUUUCUUGAAUUACUGCUAGGAGGCAGAAACUCUGUGAGCUCUUAGAGAGCAGCCUUGGUGUUCUGUUCCUUCAUGUAUUUCCAGGCAUCGUCCAGGGUGUGACAUCUUGUAGGCACUUAGUAAAUGCUUGUUGAGUGAAUGAAAGCUGCCCUUCAUCUACUCCCCAUUCAUUUAUUCAGCACAUAUUUAUUGAGUGACUUCUCCAUGCCAGGCGCUAGGGAUACACCAAUGAACAGGACCUGGUUGGGAAGACAGAUGAUAAUAUGGGGACACUAAUAUGGUGUUGAAAAGGUACAGGAUGUGGUGGGCGCAGCAGAUGCAGGGAUGGCUGGCCCAGCUGAGUUGGCCAGGAAGACCAGUUGGCCAGUUCUCCAGGAAUUCCUAGAGACCUGAAGAAUUAGCGCAGAUAGCUAGAUGAAGGCGGGAUGGGAAACAGUGUUCCAUGCCUAGGAAGAGCAUAUGCAGGGAUCCAAAGGGAAGAGAUAGCUUAGCAUGGAAACGUGAAGGCUGACAACAUAAUGAUAAUCAUAAACACAUAUACAAUGCUUUCUGUGUGCCAGAUAUUAUUCUAAGCCCCUUACAUUUAUGAAGUUAUUUAAAUACUAUUAUCAUCCCCAUUUUACAGAAAACGGAGGCACAAAGAAGUUUAGUAAUUUGACUGAUCUCACACAACUGUUAGAAUUGGCAUUUGAAGGGAGUUGGCUGCGGAGCCUUGGUGGUGACAAAACAAUUAUUAUGCCUGUGUGUGUGUAGCACUGAUUCCCAGUGAGAAUCCUGGCAUGCGGUUAGAUAUACAUGGGCCUGUGGUAGCAAUCAACUUGGAAAUUGUCUUGUUAAGACUGACAGAACUCGUGGCAUAUCCUGAUUGUUGAGUCUGUAUUUGUCAGGCAGACGAUGAGAUUCCUUGCCUCAGUAGAUGGUUUUGUUGUGUCUCAUCCUAUGUGAACAGGCUGCAGGGAGGGUGCCCCUGACCUCCUAGUAAGAAGGGACUUGGGGCUCAAACAACAGUUUAACUGGAUGACCAAAUCACAUUCUUCACUGUAGAUUCCCAUCCCUAAAUGGGGAGAAGGAGGAAAAUGGUUUAAAGACCAAUACCCAGAAAUGGCCGACCUCUACUGGUGCUUCGCCACUGUGUGUGGUUGUUGGAGCUACAGGCUGUGAGGAAGAAUAGUUUGGUUGAUUGCCAACUUGGCCCCAAGGGAGUGGGCCUGAAAGGGGGUUAAGGCAUUGGUUCUGCUUUCUUUCCUUCCAUUUUGUAAAUGGUAAUCCAACCCCAAGUCUUUAGUGCACGGGCGUUGUGCAGCCCCUCCCUGUGACAGGUCAUAGUGGCUGGGCCUUGGCCUCUGACUUCCAAAUUCCCAACUUUCCCCCAGGCUUCAGUAUGACCACUUCCUCUGAAUCCCUGUUGCUGCUACAGUCCGACCCAGCACGGAGAGGUGUCCUCAGCAGCCUCCUCACUGCCUGCUGCCACUUGCUCAGGAAAAGCACAUGAGUUGCACAUCAGUGUUUGGAAAAAUUAAUGCUUUCAAGAUGAGCUCCAUACAGUUUUAGCACGUCUGUCUCUCUCACCAGCUGAAAGAAAGAAGCAUGCUUAGACAAUUACUCCCCAAGGGAGCCCAAGGACUGGCUUUGUUUAUUGAGUGUUUUUAGUUACAACACGUGAAGUUCUGGGAUUUUUUUGGCUUUGGCUUCUUUUUUCUGUUUUUGGUUAUGGGAAUAUGAGUGGAUUGCCAAUUAACAGGGCACUUGGAGGUUUCAAAAUUGUGAAAGGCAUGUUUCUUACGUGGGCACAAUUGCUGAGUCUUUGGGAUAAGGAGCUCAGUAAGACGUGACAGAUGGAAUCCAGGCUCAGGGCUUACCUCAGACCAGCACUGCAGUCAGAUGUUCAGAGUCUUCCAUAUGCAGCUGUUUGGAGCCACAGCUCCACCUGUGAGGGCCCCCUUCGCUUUCCUCAGACACCCCAUAUCUUUACAGUCUUCCGAUAGACGUACCACAUAGUGACACAGUCACAGUCAGCUUUCACCUUACUUUACCCUGUGCCACCUCCCACCACCUUCAGCUUCCCCCACCUGAUGCAUAAAACUCUAAGUAGAGAUGGCAGGUUUUAAAGCCUGAGGUUUGGGGAGUCAGAGCCCAUUGUACAAGGGCAGGGAUGGCUGACUUGAAAGCCUGUGUAUUACAAUUCUUCCUGCCUUCCUGCCUGUCUUUGGCAGACAUCACUAAUUGACAGUGCCAUUCUUUCCCCAUCUAUCCUGUAAGUAGCCGCAUAAUCUUCAACACAAAACUCUGGACAGUCAUUGCCCUUUGGUUAGAGCUGGAACUUGAGAUGCAACAUAGUUUCCAUUGCUGACCAAAAUCCCAUAAGGUGUCUAAGUGGCUGAUAAAUGAAUGGUUUGAGAGGAGUUGAGGUUCUUCCUGAAUGCUUGUUAUGGAGAACCCAUCAUGACUCUUGUGGUAAGUAAGGGAUGUGGAACAAAGUGGGGAAUGAAUAGCAUUUUCUCAUGAUAUAGUGAUGGAACUCUAUCCGCCAGUCACUUGAACAGGUGGAUAAGUCUGGUGAAUUUUUUACUGUGACCUGUGGGUUCUCUGAAGACAAUUUCAUAUUCUAGACCUUAUGAGUAGGGGGUAGAGAAGGAAAUUGCUGCCAUGGCCCUGAGGAGCACCUCCUUUUUCAGAAAAGAUUUGAGCCACUACUUUAGUAGCAGCUUCAAUAUUUAAAUGCUUUGAAAAUUACCAGAGUAACAAGUGCUUAUAGUUAAAAAAUUAUAACAACAUAAACUUUUAUAAAACACAAUUCUCUUAACUACCUUUCUUCAUUCUUCAGGGAUAACUACUGUUAAUAGUUUGGUGUGUAUAUAUAUAUACUACUAGAACUCUUCUAUGCAUAGUGAAAUACAUACUGAUAGUGUGUAUGUAUAUAUUUAUAUAUCUAUUUUCACAAAAAGUGGGAUAAUACGAAUUGUUUCCAAUUAUUUCACAAAUCAUAUCCUUUCAUUCAAUAAUAGAUCACGGAACCCUUUCAUUCAAUAAUAGAUCAUGGAACCCUUUCAUGUUACUACAUAUAAAACUGCUUGCUUUUGUUAAUGGUUUCUAAGUAUAAUGUAGGCUGUGUCAUAAUUUAUCUUAUUAGUUCCUUAUUGUGGGACAUUUAGGUUUUUUCUUUCCUUUUUAUUUUUUUCUAUUAUAGAAUACACUGCAAUGUGUGUAUAAGUACAGAUAUUUCAGUAGGUGAGAAUCUUAGAAGAAUUGCUAGGUUGAAGGCUAUAUACUUUAGAAUUGUUGAUUGUACUGCCAAAUUGACUUGGAAGAAUAUUAUAUCAAUUUAGUCUCCUACCAGGUUGGUUGUUUUGUUGUGUGUGUGUGUAUGUGUGUGUGUGUGUGUGUUUUGCUGGGGGCAAUCUUAUAGGUAAAAUGUGGCAUGCUGUUAUUGCUUAUUUGCAUUUCCUUGAUCAUUAGUAAUGAUCAACCUCUUUUUACUUUUUAUCAAUCAUUUAUAUUUCCUCAUCUGUGGGUUGCCUGUUCGUAAUCUUUACUUAUUUUUAUACCAGGUUGUUAACUUUUUCUUAAUGGUUUCUAGGAACUUUUUGUAAAUUAGAGAUAUUAACCCUUUGUAUAAUUUAUCGUUGCAACCAUGGCAAAUAUUUACCUCCUGCAUUAUCUUUUAAUGUUCAUGUUUUUGCAAUUUUAUCUACUAUUUUAUUCUGUGAGGACUUAAAAUAUAUGAAAAUAUUUGAACAGUGUUCAAAAAUUAGUACAAAAUAAAUAGGUCUUUAUGUGACCCAUAUACCUGUCUACCAAGCCACUUUUUCCAUAGGUAACCAUCAGUAUUAGUUUACUGGGAACCCUCCCAGUUUUUCUUUUUAUAAAUAUAAGCAAAUCAGAAUCCAUACUUAUGUUAUCCCUUUCUGAUCAAAAGCAGGUGAAUACUAACUAUCCUGCUCAAUGCCUUGCAUUUUUAACCCAACAGUAUGUCUUGAACAUCUUUUCAUAUCAAUUCACAGAACGCCUCAUCAUUCUUUACUCAUAGCUGCAUAGUGUUUCUUUGUGAAGGUAUACUGUCAUUCAGUGGGCAUCAGACUUUUUUGCUUCUGUAUGCUCUAAAAGAAUAUUGAAAACUUUAUGCCCCUUCACACAUUUAAGUGGAUACCUAAACAUUUUUUUUUUUUUACCAUGAGUUUAAAGGUUGCAAAUAAUACAUUUUCUAGCAUGUUGCAUAUUAUAAUAGGCUUUAAACACAUUUUCUUCAAAAUCUUGGAGCUACGGAUUUAUAUGAAUUGGGAAAGGCAAAUUUGAUUGUCAAAGCAAGUAGCCAAAUUAGACAUACUUACUUCCUGUCAGAGAAAGUCUAAUUUCACUUUUUAUAAUUCAAACAAGCAUGUUAAUUAGACACCCUCUGUGACAACCCCAUCUUCAGAAUUCUAAGAAGAGUAGAGAGCAAGCUAUUAACAAAUAGAUGUGGUCCUGAGACUAACCAUGCUUUCUGCCUUCUAGAUGAAAGAAGGCACAAUUGUUUUCAACAUCUCCUUGGUGAUCUAAUCGAAUCAUGGGGCUUUACUUUACUCUGCAUGCACCAGUGGCUCUGUUUCGUUACCUAUUACACCACCCCAAAUCUUAGCGACUUAGAGCAUCAAUUUAUCAUUCUCAUAAUUGUGGGGCUUACCAGGCAGUUCUUCUGCUCCAUGUGGUAUCUGUUGGGGUGCUGGGAUAGCUGGCAGCUCCAGGGUGGGCUUCCUCUGGUGGCUGCGAGGGGGCUGGGACUAGCUGGGGAUCUCAACCAGCAUCUGUAGUUCUCUUCCACAUGGCCUUUCCAUGUGGCUUAGCCUUCUCACAACAAAGCAGCUAGACGCCAAGAACAGUUGUAUCUAUUAUUGACUCCAUUAUUUUAAAAUGUCUUUUAAAGAGUUAGGUGAUACAGUCCAAGGGUCAAAAUUUAAAAUGUGUAAGAUGAUUUACAGUAAAAGGUUAUCCUUCUGACUACUGUUCUUCAGCCUCCUGUUCUCCUUUGGUGAUUUGUAUAUCCUUCAAAAAAUUUUUAUAAAUGUGUAUAUAAGCCAAUAUACUGAGUUUUGUGUCUUGCUUAGGAAAACCAUCCCCCUUAAGAUUAUAAAUAUUUUUCUUCUUGAAGUUUUAUAGUUUUUUUUUUUCCCAUGGAUAUCUUUAGGCUUUAUUGAGUGCAUGAUGUGAGGCCAGGAUUGAUGGACUUUUCGGGAUGCCAAAUAAUUGCUGUUCACUAUGCUGAUGGUCCAUCGGGAACUUUGUAUUGUUUCUCUUCUCCUCAGUGCUGAGGGUCAUCCACAUGUGUCACAAGGUAUAGCCAAAAUAGUUUUCAUAAUUGAGUCUCCAGUGGAACUUUCCAACCUGUGUCAGAAAGAGGAGAUCAGAUGAGUUGGGGCAGCUGGACAUUUUCAUUUCUCUAGUGAGGGAAGGAGAGUGUCACAGGAAUUAGAGGAAAUGUAAGCUCUAAGAAUCUGCCCCCUCCUGAAGGGCAGGUAGAGAAGCCUGGGAAACUUGGAGCAGUGACUUGACUCUUAACUCUGGUCCCAUGAAUUGAGAAUUUCAGCGUGACCUGAGCUUGUUUUUGUUGCAGGAGAAUGCACUAACCUUUAUGAAGUAUCUACUAUGUAUUAAGUGUAGUGCUUUGGAUUUUAUAUGCUGUUUUGUCUUUUCCUCAUGAAAAGUUCAAGUUUUAUGGGAUUAGUCUUAUCUUCAUUCAAAAGAUGAAGAAACUGAGAUGUGGGAAGUUAUUCCAAAGCCUCAGCCCUUUCCCAAUACCUCAAAGGCUUGGAAAUUAAUGGUACAGAAGGUAUAAAAAGGUUUAUAGAAUUUACGAGACUCAAUUAUUUUUAAGAACCAUAAGCAGAGUUCAUUUGUUGAAAAGUAAGGUGAUCUUUGCAAAUAGUUUUAUUUUUUCUUUUUGAAAAUAAGAACCAAGGAAGAGAGAAUUCAAAUUGGCUAGUGUGCAAGUAAUUUCAUUAUCCAGCUCAGUGUGUAUGUAUGUAAGGAGCCAGGAUAUUCAGGUAAGUCAGAUAUUCUGAUUUAACAGUGGGUGGCCCUGUGUAACACACACAGAUUAUAUACUUUCCAUAAACAGACAAAAAUACUCAAGGGACUAUAGCAAAAAAGGGACUAAGUAGAAAAAAAAUAUUGAGCUCUAGAUAUGUGCUAACCAAAAUUUAGCAUUUAUUUGACAAUACAGUGGGUUCCUUUUGAUAUGGUUGAACUUCACAUUCAUUAUUAUCAAUCCCAGUCCUCAUGGUAUGGUGCCUGAUUUUACUGGGCAGACCUGCUGAGGGGGGCUAUCUGGAAAAGUUCCUGGAGGGGAUGGAGAAGGGCAUGGGAUGGAGAGAGCAGGUAGAGGUUCACAGGAGGGCUCCGCCUGGCCUAAGGAGUGAGGCUUCAGCUGUGGUGACUGGCAACUUAGCUUCCUGAUUCUCUGAUGGUGACCUCAGGGACUGAGAGAUGUGAGGAACAUUUAAGAGAAGCCAGACCUCCUGAGGGGUGAACGGCCUCCUGUCAGCCAUGAAGUAACACUACCUCCUUUGAUGGGCAGAGAAAUGACUCUUGGUGGAAAUGAGAUGGAGGAACUGUGUGACUGGCUGCGAGGGAAACAGAGGAGGUGAUAGUGAACUCUGGAUUGCAGAGGCUCAUGGAUCAGUUCUGAGAGGGUCUCUCCAAAUAUUUACCAGCUUUUUUUUUUUUUUUUUCCCUCAAGAACUCCUUUGCAAUGUAGGUGCCUUGGGGAAGGCAGCCAACCAGGUGUUCAUGCUGAGUAGGAAAUGGGAGGUCAGGGCAGUGAGGGAGGAUGGAAGGAGCACCAACUUCCGUGAUUGACUUCAUUGGGAUGGCCUCACAGGGACAUGCCUGUGAAGACCUAGGGAAGGGAGUCAUGGACUCUGCUCCCUGACUGCAGAUAUCCAUCCCCACCACUGCUUACCUAAGGCCUGCACUCCUCUAUGCCUUCCUUUGACGUAAGCUUUAUCUUUUGGCAAAAUAGGAAUAUUUCCUGAGGGCCUAAAUAUUAAGCUGUCAUCAUAAAUACCUUGGAUGGGAUGAAGUUGUCAUGGUACUUUUCACAGGACUUAAUGGAGAGGGCAUGGGGCCCAGGAUAGAUAAGCUUCGUAAGGUCAUGAAGGAGGAGAGGGGACUGGCUCUUGGGUGGGCAGUGGCGGGUAUUGGGGUGGCAUGCUGUGUUAGAGAUUCAGUGCAACCUGGGGGUUCUAUUGACUGCUGGGGGAACUAGAAGCCCCCAGGGAAGCAAGGAGGGGUCAGGUUUUCACCACUUAACGAGGUGGUUUAGAGCCCAGGGCAGUGAAAGGUUGUCUUCCAUGAGCUGGCCAUGCCUCAGCCAAGGCAGAGUUAAAGAUCCUCAGCAGAGGUCGGAGGUGAGCCAGGUGAAAGCUACACAAAAGCCGAGGUAAGGCAGAAUAAUUAGCUUCUGCCUUUCCCUCCUGCUGCCUGGCCUGAUAUUUGAGGUGACAUUUAAAGCCAUUGUACAGAUGUGCAGUGAAACUGUGGCAGAACGAAGGCUUUCUGGAGCCUGUGGAGAGGCAAGGCUGAUUUCUCAGCCUCCUGGCUGGCAGCUUCUCACCCCUCCAUGUGGGGCCCUCUACUGGGCCUUGAAAGGAGAGAGGCCCCUCUGCCUUCCAGGUGAGCAUACUCUAAUGGGGGGCUCAGACUCUCCCUCCCUACUGGACUCUCAGGGUGUUGGGGGAGGUGGGGUACACACUAGAAUUCAAGAUAGUGACACGAAGCCAGUGCUGAGGGUAGGAGAGGAGAGCAGGGACUGAAGCGGAUAGAUCACCAUCGCAGAAUUCUCUGGGGAGCUUGUUAAAAAUGCAGGCCUCUGGGAAUGAGGCCUUGUUAUCUGCAUGGAUAACCAACCCUCUAAGGUGAUUCUGCUGCCCAUUAAACUUUGAGAACCUCUGAGAUAGAGAAUGUGUGAGGUUAGCUGGAAAGGGCCUCUUGGGAGGGGUGGACUUGAAUUUCAGUGUCUAGGUGAUACUUGCUGUAGAUACUGUCCUCAGGUGUGGACCUAAGAAGCCUGUUCACCUAGGGACACUAAACUCAUGGGAGAGACUGGCAGGGGUCCAAGCCACCCUUGAAAUGGCAUCCCUGAGAAUGUGUUGCCCCGGGCUCCACUCCACCACUUGGGCACUAAUCACCAAGGGGGCAGAAGUGGUAUGGGAGGUGGCUGAGGAUGCUGUCUACUGGAGUGUUUGAUUCAUGUUACAACUGAAGCACAGCUUGCAGGGCAAAAUGGUAGCCGGGUGGAGCCCGCUUCCUGGGGCAGAUCAGUAUGUCUGUGGAUGGUCUUCACUUUGGUUUGCAGAUACCAGCAACUAUGCUACCUCCUGUGUUGCCUUCACUUGCCAGAUAGGUCCAUGUGUCUGAGGAGUUAGGUCAGUGCUGCUGAGGGAACAGUGGCCAUUGUUGUCCCAGGAGAUGAGUGGGAAAGAUUUGAGAUGUGGUUGGAUCUCUCCUCCCUCCGUGCUGCUUGCCUUCUGCUCCAUACACUUGUGCUGACUUUAUCUGAUUGGGAACACAGUGUUUUCAAGUUGGGGUGGGUGAAGAGAGGGAGAAAGAACAGUGCCAAGGAAAGAAGAAGGAACAUAGUAGAGAAAGGAACACAUCCAUGUUGUGAUAUCAAAUAACUGCUGAACAUCCGGAUGGGCAUCGGCCUUCUGGAGUGGCUGGGCUGUUGCUGGCCUGGUGACACUGCCUGACCCUGGAAAACAUGUCUCUAUAGCCAGCUGGGUGGGCUGGAGGAAACAUGCCAACGGGAAUAGCUGUGCUUGCUUUGACCAUGAUGAAAGAAGGAGCCACUGUGGAAGCAUUUUAUAAGACAAAACAAAAACAACAACAAAAACCUACUAAUAAGGCUGUGUCCUGCCCAAUAUCCUUUCUAAUUGCACUGCAGUUAAAUGGCAAUGCCGACAGUCUCUUGGAACAUUUUAUUCAACUUCUGGAGGGGCUGCAUUUCAAGUAAGACUUAUGAGGCUCUGUCGGAGAUGAAGAAAUGAGCAGUGGUGGGCUGGGGAGCUCCAAGGAGCCCAGCUUGAUGGGUUGAAGCCAAUCUUGAGUAAAACUCCAGGCUGAAUGGGUUCACCCUGGGGCUGACCCGAUGGGCAUUGCUUAUGUUCUUAGAUCUGUUUGUGGGGGAAGUGCUUGUACCCAUAUUAUUCUUGACAGUCUUUAUUCCCUUUUCCACUGCAAAUGAGACUGUGUGGACUGUUUUGCCCUUGAUUACUGGAGGGAGGGGAACAGGGCCAGCUUCUUUCUCCAGUCCCAAGAAUGAGACUUGUAGCACUAGCACCAUUAGAGCACUCUCUGGGACUUUUGGCCUCACAGUCAGAUCCUCUUCCAUUGCCCCUCUCUGUCUAGGUCUCCUGCUGUGAUGGGAGCCUCCCGUUUCAGAUUUCUCCCAAGUUGUGUUAGAAAAAGUCUUUUUGGCAUUCUUAUUUGGAGAUGCACUCUCUCUGCAGUUAUAAGUCAAGGGCCAAAGAAAAAGAUAAAAAGCCGUUAGUUAAUAAGUGGCCACAUUUGGACCCUCCACUCAAUCUGUGCCCAUGGCAUGUCAGCGCCGCCCUGGAGGGGCCUCCCUCAGGGUUCCUGUUAGGAAACAGCCAUGUUUCCCCAGGUCCUGCCUUACUGGAGGGCUGCCAUAUCUUAGUGAAACAUGUCACAAUUUCCCAGGAAUCUCUUAGCGCCCCUGAAACUCUCAGGAAUGAGACAGAUGGGCACCUACGAGUUACCUGACCUUAAACAAGUUAUUUAAUCUUGUGGAACAUGGGUUUUCUCCUCUGUAUACUGGAGAAAGUGAUUCCCAUCCUACAGACCUUGCAGGGCAAGCAGGAGAUGAUAGUUAUGAAAGUACUUUGUGAACGAAAAAGUACUGGCCACACGUGAGCGAUGAAUUCUUGUUAUUCGUGAAGGGCAGAACACCGGGUUACUUCUCUCUGGAGGGAGGAGGAGGGGUUUGCAUUCUUGUGUUAACUACACACUGGAGUCUUGUCCAUUUAAGGUAAUAAGAAAAUAAUGCUAACAGAGCCUGAGAGGUAGCUUCUUGGGUGGUGAUAUCUCUGCCGAGACCCAAUGCUGCCCUUUAAGAAGAAACCACAAGGCAUCUGGGGGGCAGGAGCAGGCGGUGGAGGUUGUGGCUCUGCUUGCUUUCUCUCUCUCCCUCCUGGCUUCUACCCCCUGGACGUGCCUCCUCCCAGGUCUGAGUUCUUCAGAAAUCGGCAGCCUGUCUCAUCUUGGAGGUAUAAGUUCCAAGGAAGAGGUGAUGCCGAGGGAGACAUGCCUGCCAGUUGCCUGAUGGAGACCAGGAGGCCUGGAGACCACCAUUUCUGCUAGGACAGUGAGAAGGCAUUGCUGGCAUGGCCUAAGCUGCACAGAGCUGUGAUGAAUGUGCAGAUGGCUGUUGGGUAUUUUUUAGGCUUGGAGAACAAGGUCUUCCUAGACCUGGGGACUCCUCAGGUUUCAUUUCAGUGAGCGGCACUCCCAGUCACCUGGGUCACAGGCUGGCCCACUGUAAGACGGGCUGUGUGUGGGGCAAGGACUGGGCACCCCGUCAUGCCCCAAAGGCCUUAGACAAUGCCCAGGGGCUGAGAUCUCUACAGCUUACUUUUCUCCUUGCCUUGAAAACAACAUUGUAUCGGGGACUCAGAUGCCCUUGCAUAUUCAUUUGUCCAGUUAGUAAUCACUUGAGUAAUUGCAAAGUUCAGUGUUCUUUGAGGGACACAAAGAUGAUUAAAAAGCAGAUCCUACCUUCAUGGAGUUUAUGGGUAAGUAAGGAAGAAGAGUCAUAUACAAAGGAGAAGGUGGAAUGAAAAAAAUAAAAUAUAAAGGAAGGAAGAUCAGGGAAGUCUGCCUGGAUUCUGUGGCAUUUGAGUUAUUUGUUGGAAAAAUUAGGAGCAUUUGGCCAUGAUGAGGUAGGAGAGUGGGGAGAGCAUGCUACUGGCAGGAAGGGCAGGAGCAAAGGCCUGGGGAUAGAAAACCGUGGGAUGUAUGAACGUGUGGGGAAUUGAGAGUCUGGCAAGAGGGAGAGGGGUUGAGAGGUAAGGGAGAACCUUGUAUCUACCAGUAUCUACCAGGUGCGACACCAGAAACAUAUUCUUUUGCUUUGAGGCUCACAAAUACUGUUCUCUCUGGUUUACAGAGGAGGAAGCUGAGGCACAGGGAGCUGAAUAACUUCAUCGAGGCCAGGCAAGUAUUAAGUGGCAACCAGGAUUUGGACCCAUGACUGUCUCUACUAUAGAGCCCAUGCUUCAGAGCCCAUGCUGUCUCUACUAUAACAAAGGUUCCAUGAAGGGACGUGGGAAAAAAGGAUCUGUGGCCUUUUACUAGUCAUGCAGGUCCUGCAGUCUUGGGCAAGGAGAGCCAGUGGUCCCGACAGUGAGGCAGUGAGGCAGUGAGGCAGUAAGGCUCCCGGGCUCCUGGACUGGCCUCAAAGUCCAAAAUGGCUGAGCUUCUGGCUUCCCACCCCACAUUCUACUGGAGGAGCCACUGGCCUCUGGUGUGGGAGGCAUGGAAGCCAGGAUGGCAGGAGAUGCUGGAAAAAAAUUUAAGACAUGGACUUGCCUGUGGAGUUUCAUUCUCAAGACCACUGCAAACCUCGCGUCUUUGCGAAAGCCCUUCCUGACUCCCUCCCACGCAUCUCCGACCUCCCCUUGGGUCCAGGCAGGCUCGGUCUGCACACGGCGUUGUUCUGCACUUGUUCCUUUGUUGCUGUGAAACCGGCUCCCGGCACAGUCAGCCUCUGUGUGGGAGGACUGGUGGCUGUCUUUGCAGGCAGGCAUUUGCUUAGAGCAGGCUGUGUGCGAGCCCAGCAUCAAGUGAUUCCGGCCUCCUCGAGUCAGCGGUGGUGGGAUGAGGCUCUGCCGAGGGGACUGGCUGUGAAGGAUGAGUUCAGGGUGGGAUGACGGACCGCUUCUGGGACCAGUGGUAUCUCUGGUAUCUCCGCUUGCUCCGGCUGCUGGAUCGAGGGUCUUUUCGGAAUGAUGGUUUGAAAGCUUCUGAUGUCCUUCCUAUCCUAAAGGAAAAAGUGGCCUUCGUGUCUGGGGGUCGUGAUAAGCGAGGCGGACCCAUCCUGACCUUCCCUGCUCGCAGCAAUCAUGACAGAAUAAGACAGGAAGACCUGCGGAAACUAGUGACGUAUUUGGCCAGUGUGCCAAGUGAGGACGUGUGCAAACGUGGCUUCACUGUCAUCAUCGACAUGCGGGGCUCCAAGUGGGACCUCAUCAAGCCCCUCCUCAAAACGCUGCAGGAAGCCUUUCCAGCUGAGAUCCAUGUGGCCCUCAUCAUUAAACCCGACAACUUCUGGCAGAAACAGAAGACCAACUUUGGCAGCUCUAAAUUCAUCUUUGAGACGAGCAUGGUAUCUGUGGAGGGCCUCACGAAACUGGUGGACCCCUCCCAGCUGACGGAGGAGUUUGACGGCUCCCUGGACUACAACCACGAGGAGUGGAUCGAACUGCGGCUCUCCCUGGAGGAGUUCUUCAACAGCGCCGUGCACCUGCUCUCGCGCCUGGAGGACCUCCAGGAGAUGCUAGCCCGGAAGGAGUUUCCUGUGGAUGUGGAGGGCUCUCGGCGGCUUAUUGAUGAGCACACACAGCUCAAGAAAAAGGUGCUGAAGGCCCCUGUGGAGGAGCUGGACCGAGAGGGGCAGCGGCUGCUGCAGUGCAUCCGCUGCAGCGACGGCUUCUCAGGACGCAACUGCAUCCCGGGCAGUGCCGACUUCCAGAGCCUGGUGCCCAAGAUCACCAGCCUCCUGGACAAACUGCACUCCACCCGGCAGCACCUGCACCAGAUGUGGCACGUGCGCAAGCUCAAGCUGGACCAGUGCUUUCAGCUGCGGCUCUUUGAGCAGGAUGCUGAGAAGAUGUUCGACUGGAUAAGCCACAACAAGGAGUUAUUCCUACAGAGCCACACGGAGAUCGGAGUCAGCUACCAGUACGCCCUCGACCUCCAGACGCAGCACAAUCACUUUGCCAUGAACUCUAUGAACGCCUACGUCAACAUCAACCGCAUCAUGUCCGUGGCUUCCCGCCUCUCUGAGGCCGGCCACUAUGCCUCACAGCAAAUCAAGCAGAUCUCCACCCAGCUGGACCAGGAGUGGAAGAGCUUCGCCGCUGCCCUGGAUGAACGCAGCACCAUCCUCGCCAUGUCUGCUGUGUUCCACCAGAAGGCUGAGCAGUUCCUGUCGGGAGUGGACGCCUGGUGCAAGAUGUGCAGCGAAGGUGGUCUGCCAUCCGAGAUGCAGGACCUAGAGCUGGCAAUCCACCACCACCAGACCUUGUAUGAGCAGGUGACCCAAGCCUACACAGAGGUCAGCCAGGAUGGCAAAGCACUGCUAGAUGUGCUGCAGCGGCCCCUGAGCCCUGGGAACUCAGAAUCCCUCACGGCCACAGCCAACUACUCCAAGGCAGUGCACCAAGUGCUGGACGUGGUGCACGAGGUGUUACAUCACCAGCGACGGCUGGAGAGCAUCUGGCAGCACCGCAAGGUGCGGCUCCACCAGCGGCUGCAGCUCUGUGUCUUUCAGCAGGACGUACAGCAGGUGUUGGACUGGAUUGAAAACCAUGGUGAGGCCUUUCUCAGCAAACACACUGGAGUUGGAAAGUCCCUACAUCGAGCCCGGGCCCUGCAGAAGAGGCACGAUGACUUUGAAGAGGUGGCUCAGAAUACGUACACCAAUGCGGACAAGCUCCUAGAAGCAGCGGAGCAGUUGGCUCAGACGGGGGAAUGUGACCCGGAGGAGAUCUACAAGGCAGCUCGACACCUGGAGGUGCGCAUCCAAGACUUCGUGCGCAGGGUGGAGCAGCGGAAGCUUCUCCUGGACAUGUCUGUCUCCUUCCACACACACACCAAAGAGUUGUGGACAUGGAUGGAAGACCUUCAGAAGGAGAUGUUGGAGGAUGUCUGUGCAGAUUCUGUGGAUGCAGUCCAGGAACUGAUCAAGCAGUUCCAGCAGCAGCAGACCGCCACUCUAGAUGCCACGCUCAAUGUCAUCAAGGAAGGCGAAGACCUUAUCCAGCAGCUCAGGUCAGCGCCUCCCUCCCUGGGGGAGCCCAGCGAGGCCAGGGACUCAGCUGUGUCCAACAACAAAACACCCCACGGCAGUUCUAUCAGCCACAUCGAGUCGGUCCUGCAGCAGCUUGAUGAUGCCCAGGUGCAGAUGGAGGAGCUGUUCCAUGAGCGGAAGAUCAAGCUGGACAUCUUCCUGCAACUGCGCAUCUUUGAGCAGUACACCAUCGAGGUGACAGCAGAGCUAGACGCCUGGAAUGAAGACUUGCUUCGGCAGAUGAAUGACUUCAACACAGAGGACCUAACCCUGGCAGAACAGCGGCUGCAGCGCCACACAGAACGGAAGCUAGCCAUGAACAACAUGACUUUUGAGGUCAUCCAGCAGGGACAGGAUCUGCACCAGUACAUCAUGGAGGUCCAGGCAUCAGGAAUUGAGUUGAUCUGUGAAAAAGACAUUGAUCUGGCAGCCCAGGUGCAAGAGUUAUUGGAAUUUCUCCAUGAGAAGCAGCAUGAAUUGGAGCUCAAUGCGGAGCAGACUCAUAAGCGGCUAGAGCAGUGCCUCCAGUUACGGCACCUCCAGGCUGAAGUCAAACAGGUCCUGGGAUGGAUCCGCAAUGGAGAGUCAAUGCUCAACGCUAGCCUGGUCAAUGCCAGCUCUUUGUCCGAAGCAGAGCAGCUGCAGCGGGAGCACGAGCAGUUCCAGCUGGCCAUCGAGUCCCUCUUUCAUGCCACUUCCUUGCAGAAGACGCACCAGAGCGCCCUGCAGGUACAGCAGAAAGCCGAGGUGCUGCUCCAGGCCGGCCACUACGAUGCCGAUGCCAUCCGGGAAUGUGCUGAGAAGGUGGCCCUCCACUGGCAGCAGCUCAUGCUGAAGAUGGAAGACCGGCUAAAACUGGUCAAUGCCUCUGUGGCCUUUUACAAAACUUCUGAACAGGUGUGUAGUGUCCUGGAGAGCUUAGAGCAAGAAUACCGGAGAGAUGAGGACUGGUGUGGUGGACGAGAUAAGCUGGGGCCAGCGGCAGAGAUCGACCAUGUCAUUCCACUCAUCAGCAAACAUUUGGAACAAAAGGAGGCCUUUCUUAAGGCAUGCACCCUGGCUCGGCGGAAUGCUGAGGUGUUUCUCAAGUACAUCCACAGGAACAACGUCAGCAUGCCCAGUGUCGCCAGCCACACUCGGGGACCCGAGCAACAAGUGAAAGCCAUCCUGAGUGAGCUCCUGCAGAGGGAGAAUCGCGUGCUGCAUUUCUGGACCUUGAAGAAGCGGCGGUUAGACCAGUGCCAGCAAUAUGUGGUGUUCGAGCGCAGCGCUAAGCAGGCGCUUGACUGGAUCCAAGAAACAGGUGAAUUUUACCUCUCAACACAUACCUCCACUGGAGAGACCACAGAGGAGACUCAGGAACUGCUGAAAGAAUAUGGGGAAUUCAGGGUGCCUGCCAAGCAAACAAAGGAGAAGGUGAAGCUUCUGAUUCAGCUGGCCGAUAGCUUUGUGGAAAAAGGCCACAUUCAUGCCACGGAGAUAAGGAAAUGGGUGACCACGGUGGACAAGCACUACAGAGAUUUCUCCCUGAGGAUGGGGAAGUACCGGUACUCCCUGGAGAAAGCCCUAGGAGUCAACACAGAGGAUAAUAAGGACCUGGAGCUGGAUAUUAUCCCAGCAAGCCUUUCGGAUCGGGAGGUCAAGCUGCGGGACGCCAACCACGAAGUCAAUGAAGAGAAGCGGAAGUCAGCCCGGAAGAAAGAAUUUAUUAUGGCUGAACUACUCCAGACAGAGAAGGCUUAUGUAAGGGAUUUACAUGAGUGCUUAGAGACCUACCUGUGGGAAAUGACCAGUGGUGUGGAGGAGAUCCCCCCUGGGAUCCUCAAUAAAGAACAUAUCAUCUUUGGCAACAUCCAAGAGAUCUACGAUUUCCAUAACAACAUCUUCCUCAAAGAGCUGGAGAAGUAUGAGCAGCUGCCUGAGGAUGUGGGACACUGCUUUGUUACCUGGGCAGACAAAUUUCAGAUGUAUGUCACCUACUGUAAAAACAAGCCUGAUUCCAACCAGCUUAUCCUGGAGCAUGCGGGCACCUUCUUUGAUGAGAUACAGCAACGGCAUGGUCUGGCCAAUUCCAUCUCUUCCUACCUAAUUAAACCUGUCCAAAGGAUCACCAAAUAUCAACUUCUCCUGAAGGAACUUUUGACUUGCUGUGAAGAAGGGAAAGGGGAGCUCAAGGAUGGCCUGGAAGUGAUGCUCAGUGUCCCAAAGAAAGCCAAUGAUGCCAUGCAUGUCAGCAUGCUGGAAGGGUUCGACGAGAACCUGGAUGUGCAGGGGGAGUUGAUUCUCCAGGAUGCCUUUCAAGUGUGGGACCCGAAGUCGCUGAUCCGGAAGGGGCGGGAGCGGCACUUGUUCCUCUUUGAGAUCUCCUUGGUUUUUAGCAAGGAAAUCAAAGACUCUUCAGGACACACGAAAUAUGUUUACAAGAACAAGCUACUGACCUCAGAGCUGGGUGUGACCGAGCACGUGGAGGGCGAUCCCUGCAAAUUCGCCUUGUGGUCUGGGCGCACCCCAUCCUCAGACAAUAAAACAGUGCUGAAAGCCUCCAACAUCGAAACCAAGCAGGAGUGGAUCAAGAACAUUCGAGAAGUGAUUCAAGAAAGGAUCAUUCACCUGAAAGGAGCUUUAAAGGAGCCACUUCAGCUCCCCAAAACACCAGCCAAACAGAGGAACAAUAGUAAGAGGGAUGGAGUGGAGGAUAUUGACAGCCAGGGGGAUGGGAGCAGCCAACCAGACACCAUCUCCAUUGCUUCUAGGACCUCUCAGAACACAGUGGACAGUGACAAGCUCUCUGGCGGAUGUGAGCUGACAGUAGUCCUCCAGGACUUCAGUGCGGGCCACAGCAGCGAGCUGACCAUCCAGGUGGGGCAGACGGUGGAGCUGCUGGAGCGGCCCAGCGAGCGGCCUGGUUGGUGUCUGGUCCGCACCACAGAACGGAGCCCGCCCCUGGAGGGCCUGGUCCCCAGCAGCGCCCUGUGCAUCUCACACUCCCGAAGCAGCGUGGAGAUGGACUGCUUCUUCCCCUUGGUGAAAGAUGCAUACUCUCAUUCCUCAAGUGAGAAUGGAGGCAAGUCUGAGUCCGUGGCCAACCUGCAGGCCCAGCCCUCCCUGAACUCCAUCCACAGUUCCCCGGGUCCCAAGCGCUCCACCAACACCCUUAAGAAGUGGCUAACGAGUCCUGUGCGUCGGCUCAACAGCGGGAAAGCAGAUGGAAACAUCAAAAAGCAGAAGAAAGUUCGGGAUGGUCGGAAGAGCUUUGACCUGGGAUCUCCCAAGCCUGGGGAUGAGACAACCCCUCAGGGUGACAGCGCUGAUGAGAGCAAGAAAGGUUGGGGUGAAGAUGAGCCGGAUGAAGAGUCACACACACCCCUCCCACCACCUAUGAAGAUUUUUGACAACGACCCUACACAGGAUGAAAUGUCCUCCUCUUUGCUAGCAGCCCGGCAGGCUUCCACUGAAGUACCUACUGCUGCAGACCUUGUCAGUGCAAUAGAAAAGUUGGUCAAAAACAAGCUGAGUCUAGAAGGAGGCUCAUACCGGGGGAGCUUGAAAGACCCUGCGGGCUGCCCGAAUGAGGGGAUGGCCCCACCCACACCUCCUAGAAACCCAGAAGAAGAACAGAAAGCCAAGGCCCUGAGAGGCAGGAUGUUUGUCCUGAAUGAGCUGGUACAGACAGAGAAAGACUAUGUCAAGGAUCUGGGCAUUGUGGUGGAGGGCUUCAUGAAGAGAAUAGAAGAAAAGGGUGUCCCUGAGGAUAUGCGAGGAAAGGACAAAAUCGUGUUUGGAAAUAUUCAUCAGAUUUAUGACUGGCAUAAGGAUUUUUUCCUGGCGGAACUGGAAAAGUGUGUCCAGGAGCAAGACAGAUUGGCACAGCUCUUUAUUAAGCAUGAACGGAAACUGCACAUCUACGUGUGGUAUUGUCAGAAUAAACCGCGCUCAGAGUACAUCGUUGCUGAGUAUGACACCUACUUUGAGGAGGUAAAACAGGAGAUAAAUCAGAGGCUGACACUGAGUGACUUCCUCAUCAAGCCCAUUCAGAGAAUAACAAAAUACCAGUUGCUCCUCAAGGACUUCCUGAGAUACAGUGAGAAGGCUGGUUUGGAGUGCUCAGAUAUCGAGAAAGCAGUGGAGUUAAUGUGCCUUGUUCCCAAACGUUGCAAUGACAUGAUGAAUCUAGGACGUCUGCAGGGCUUCGAGGGCACCCUGACUGCUCAGGGGAAGCUGCUACAGCAGGACACAUUCUAUGUGAUUGAGCUGGAUGCAGGCAUGCAGUCCCGGACCAAAGAGAGGCGCGUGUUCCUCUUCGAGCAGAUUGUCAUCUUCAGUGAACUGCUCAGGAAGGGAUCCCUCACCCCUGGCUACAUGUUCAAAAGGAGUAUCAAGAUGAAUUACUUGGUCCUGGAGGAGAAUGUGGACAAUGAUCCCUGCAAGUUUGCACUCAUGAACAGAGAGACUUCUGAGAGGGUCAUUCUGCAAGCCGCCAACGCUGACAUCCAGCAGGCCUGGGUGCAGGACAUCAAUCAAGUCUUAGAAACACAGCGAGACUUUUUGAAUGCACUGCAAUCACCCAUUGAGUAUCAGCGGAAAGAAAGGAGCACAGCUGUGAUGAGGUCUCAACCUGCCAGGCUUCCCCAAGCCAGCCCCAGGCCCUACUCCUCUGUUCCUGUGGGCUCAGAGAAGCCCCCAAAGGGCUCCAGCUAUAACCCACCUCUGCCUCCCCUGAAGAUAUCUACCUCCAAUGGCAGUCCAGGGUUUGAAUACCACCAGUCUGGGGACAAGUUUGAAGCCAGCAAGCAGAAUGACCUGGGAGGCUGCAAUGGGACCUCGUCCAUGGCCGUGAUCAAAGAUUACUAUGCACUGAAGGAGAAUGAAAUCUGUGUGAGCCAAGGUGAGGUGGUCCAGGUCCUCGCCGUCAACCAGCAGAACAUGUGUCUGGUGUACCAGCCUGCCAGCGACCAUUCCCCUGCCGCCGAGGGCUGGGUCCCGGGCAGCAUCCUGGCGCCCCUCGCCAAAGCCACAGCAGCAGAAAGUAGUGACGGGAGCAUCAAGAAGUCAUGUUCAUGGCAUACUCUACGCAUGAGAAAGCGGGCGGAAGUGGAGAACACGGGUAAAAAUGAAGCCACAGGGUCUCGUAAACCCAAGGAUAUUCUGGGCAACAAAGUCUCUGUUAAAGAGACGAACAGUUCCGAGGAAUCAGAGUGUGAUGAUCUUGACCCUAAUACUAGCAUGGAGAUCUUAAAUCCAAAUUUCAUCCAAGAAGUGGCCCCAGAAUUCCUUGUGCCCUUGGUGGAUGUCACCUGCUUGCUUGGGGACACAGUGGUACUGCAGUGCAAAGUCUGUGGGCGGCCAAAGCCCACCAUCACUUGGAAGGGUCCAGACCAGAACAUCCUUGACACUGACAACAGCUCAGCCACAUACACCGUCUCCUCUUGUGAUUCUGGAGAAAUCACCCUGAAGAUCUGUAAUCUGAUGCCCCAAGACAGCGGGAUUUAUACCUGCAUAGCAACAAAUGACCACGGAACCACAUCGACGUCCGCGACAGUCAAAGUGCAAGGUGUUCCAGCAGCCCCUAACCGCCCCAUUGCCCAGGAGAGAAGCUGCACCUCCGUGAUUCUCCGUUGGCUGCCCCCGUCUAGCACAGGAAACUGCACUAUUUCCGGUUAUACUGUGGAGUACAGAGAGGAAGGUUCUCAGAUCUGGCAGCAGUCGGUGGCUUCGACCUUGGACACUUACCUCGUCAUCGAAGACCUUAGUCCCGGGUGUCCUUAUCAGUUCAGAGUCAGUGCCAGUAACCCCUGGGGAAUCAGCCUUCCCAGCGAGCCCUCGGAGUUUGUGCGACUUCCAGAAUAUGAUGCUGCUGCUGAUGGUGCCACCAUUUCUUGGAAGGAAAAUUUUGACUCAGCUUACACUGAGUUGAAUGAAAUUGGAAGAGGCCGUUUCUCUAUAGUAAAGAAAUGCAUUCACAAAGCUACCCGCAAAGAUGUGGCUGUGAAAUUUGUUAGUAAAAAAAUGAAGAAGAAAGAACAGGCUGCCCACGAGGCUGCCCUGCUUCAGCACCUACAGCACCCUCAGUACAUCACUCUCCAUGACACCUAUGAGUCCCCCACGUCCUACAUCCUGAUCUUGGAACUGAUGGAUGAUGGCCGCCUCUUAGACUACCUUAUGAAUCAUGAUGAACUGAUGGAGGAAAAAGUAGCUUUCUAUAUUCGAGACAUCAUGGAGGCUCUGCAGUACCUUCACAACUGCAGGGUUGCACAUUUGGACAUAAAGCCUGAAAACCUGCUCAUUGACCUACGGAUUCCAGUGCCUCGAGUGAAGCUCAUCGACUUGGAGGAUGCUGUCCAGAUUUCGGGUCACUUCCACAUUCACCACCUGCUGGGGAACCCUGAGUUUGCUGCCCCAGAAGUCAUCCAAGGCAUCCCCGUCUCCCUGGGGACAGACAUCUGGAGCAUCGGGGUUCUGACAUAUGUCAUGCUGAGUGGCGUCUCCCCCUUCUUGGAUGAGAGCAAAGAGGAGACAUGUAUCAAUGUAUGCAGGGUGGAUUUCAGCUUCCCCCAUGAAUACUUCUGUGGUGUGAGCAACGCUGCCAGAGAUUUCAUCAAUGUGAUCUUACAGGAGGACUUUCGGAGGCGGCCCACGGCAGCCACAUGCUUACAGCAUCCAUGGCUGCAGCCCCAUAAUGGCAGCUACUCUAAGAUCCCCCUGGACACCUCCCGCCUAGCAUGCUUCAUAGAACGCCGCAAACACCAGAAUGAUGUGCGGCCUAUUCCCAAUGUCAAGAGCUACAUUGUCAACCGGGUGAACCAAGGGACGUAGCCAUCUCCCAGCCCCUGUGGUUUCACAUAGAUGUGCAGUGUGAACCAAAGCAAGACUGAAUGUGAUUGUAAAUAAUUCUGUUCAUCAUUUCACUCCGUGCAGUUCUCUGAAUUGAGAGAUGUACCUCUUAAACCUCAUCAGUGGUUAUUCAGGGUCUGAGCAGCAGUAAAAGUCACCCUAAAUCCAGGGGCUUUCCAGAAGGUCAUUCUGAAGAAAUAAAGAGGCAAAGAGUCACAGAAGUGUUCAGAAGAAGGACAAAGAUGAGAACAAUAUUGGCUGUUAUGAAAUUUUAACUGUAUCUUCCAAAAUGAGUGGUUAACUGGGCAAACCGUAAGCUCACAAGAGUGUAAAAGUUCUCUGGCUUUGCUGAAAUUUUAAGCAAAAAGUUCUAUUUAAUGGAGUUGUCAUGUAUAUCAACUAUUCUGGUUUAGAUAACUUAGAUAUAGUUUCUUAAUAGGAUAGAUAUAUACAUACAGUAUAAUAUAUCCCAUUCAGGUUUCAGAGUUUUCUAAUAUAUAGAGAGAUAUAUAUUAAAUCAAACACAAGUAACUUUGAGUGCUCCAGUUAAGACAGUAAUUUAUUUACCGAAGCAUUACAUUGUUUUGACUAAGCACAAUUAGAUGACAAGUUUUGUAGAGCAUUUUAUAAAUCUUGUAUAGAAAUCUUUUACCAGAACCUGUGCAUUAAGAGAAAGCAACAUUGCCCUUUUGAAUGAGAUAAUUUUUUCUGUCAAUCACAGGUUAUUUGAUUAAGAUAGGUUCUUUCUGUAUAUGAAAUGCUACCCGCAAAUUCGCUGGCAGCUCAGAGUUAAUCUGGCAAGAAAGCCUGCCAGGAAAUAAGUUCAAAUACACUAUGAGCUGUGGGGGUAUUUUUGUGUCUACACCAGGUUUGAAAUAAAUAAACAAAUAUAAGAAGUUCAUACAAAAGGGCAAAUGAAAACCUUUCCUACAGUUCCUAUGAACAACGUACCAACACUUUCUGAUUUCUUCUACGGCUGUAGAAUACCAUCUUUCAGAAAGUUGGCUGACUUUAUUUCUAACUCCUUAUUGAAGCUAAGGGGUGCUUACUAAAAGGAGGCAGCCAUAUAGGCCUUUUAAAGGCCUGGUCCUAAGUCCUUUUUAAAGCCAUGGAACAAAACCUGAUACACCACCCUAACAGAGCAUUAAGUUGUAACUGAGAUUGCAAUACCUGUCACCACUCAGCCGCUGAUAGUUCUCUGAACCAAAAGGACUAAUUGUGCUUUGAGGCCAAUCCUGCUUUCUGGUGUAUAUUCUCCAUACAAGAUUAUUAACAACUUCUCUUUUUCCCUCUGGUGGAAAAAAAAAUUAAACCUGGGUAUUUCAUGGGUUUUCUUUCUUUAUUGUUGUUCGUUUGUUUUGGAGGGAGGGAGUUUGUUUUUUGUGUUUGUACAUGAUCCACCCUUAGUUUUCUAGAAUAUGUGUUGAAAAUAGAUAUUAUUAUGCAAGUAAGAUUUUAAAAAUGUAACUCAAGUGUUUGUUCAAAUCAGGUUUAACGGCGUUGCUUCUCUCCUAUAAUGGGAUAGAGAGAAUUAAAAUCACACAGUACAGAAGUGCAAGAAGAGAAUAUAUGAAGGAUGAGUAGAACUACAAACCUAUCUAAAUGAAAAAGAAAUAGUGGAAACUAAGCCUGAACUUUACAUAUAAAAAGCAUUAUUCCAACAGUGGAAAUGUAAAAUUAAAAAUCAUCAUUUUUUUUCCAUUGGUUUCAAAGACAACUUCCUCAUUCACCCUCCACCUCAUCCCAUCCAAGAUUACAGAUUGAUAAAUUAAUGGAAAUUAUAAGCAAUAAGACUAGAUAGCACUUAGUAUUUUCGGGAUUAACCAAAUAUGUGGAAACCGACUCCGACUGUAUUUGUUUCCUCGUUUUCAAAUGGCCCUGGGUCAUUAAGCCUCACUCCCUCAGAGGUCUCUCUUGACUAACCCCUAUAGUCUUCAUUUGGACCUUUAUGUAUAUGCAAAUACUCUAUGA